AUGUUCUCCUCUUCGGCACCAUUGGCAGAGGCCUCUGUAGCAAAAGAUUUGGAAGAAGAAUCCGACAAAGAUCCGGAGAAUCCUAUGGAGGAAGACGACAUUUCCCACGACGACUCGGAUUCAGACCUGGAAACCCUGCAUCAAACAACGUCCGGCCCAUCCUUAGGCCGGUCCAUGGUUGGCUCAUAUAGAAGACCCAGCUUUACAAUAGCAGGCUCUCGGGCUACCAUUGCCACUGGAUUGCAAGGGUCAAUGCGAGCUCCAAGCAAGAACGAUCGCCGUGAGGCAAGAAGGGAAGAGCGAAGUUUACUUCGUGACAACAACAUCAUCCCGCCAAAACACCCUCGGAAAGGAGAGGGUUCUCAGACAAUUGGCCGCCGAGCCUCCCGACUUCUCUCCGUGCCCGGCAUCCUAGAUGAGGGUAAGAAGGUCAAGCGGCCAGACCAGGUGGAUGAGACAGCAGCAGGAGACAGCACCAGUCCCCGAGAAACGAGUCCCCUAUUGGGAGAUCCCGAGCUGCCAUAUGGAGGUCAAGAUACUCAUGCGAACCUUGACAUCAAAUGGGACGAAGCAGUAUUAGAAGGCAAGAUUCAGACGACGUGGCAGCGUGAAGCCAAAGUAUUGGGACGUUAUUCGGGGCCGUUGGUGCUUACAUUCAUGCUUCAGUACUCCUUGACCGUUGCCAGCAUAUUUACGGUAGGUCACAUUGGGAAGGUCGAGCUUGGAGCAGUAAGCCUGGCAAGUAUGACUGCCAAUAUCACCGGUUAUGCAAUUUACCAAGGAUUAGCAACGAGUUUAGACACCCUUUGUGCGCAAGCGUACGGAUCUGGGAGAAAAAAAUUGGUGGGGUUACAGACGCAACGAAUGGUCUACUUUCUAUGGACGAUCACGAUCCCCAUAGGCAUCAUCUGGCUCUGUGCUGACAAAAUCCUGAUGAAGGUAGUGCCCGAGAAAGACGUGGCAAUCCUGGCUGGACGGUACUUGAAGAUCGUUCUCAUUGGAGCCCCUGGCUAUGCGACCUUUGAGUCAGCCAAAAGAUAUUUGCAGGCACAGGGAUUGUUUUCUGCUUCUCUUUACGUUCUUCUGAUUUGCGCUCCCUUGAAUGCCUUGAUGAAUUGGCUUUUCGUUUGGCAAUUCAACUGGGGCUUCAACGGUGCACCGAUAGCUGUUGCCGUAACAGACAAUCUACUUCCUAUUCUCCUCAUCCUCUACAUCCGUUUCGUAGCCGGGGGUAACUGCUGGCCCGGCCUGACAAGAAGAGCCCUCCACAACUGGCUUCCCAUGAUCCGCCUCGCCCUCCCCGGCCUCGUAAUGGUGGAAGCCGAAUGCCUCGCCUUCGAAAUCCUGACUCUCGCCGCCUCCUAUUUCGGCACCAGCCACCUCGCUGCCCAGUCAGUCCUUGCCACCAUCACAUCCUUCACAUUUCAAAUCCCCUUCCCCAUCUCCAUCGCCGCAUCCACGCGAAUCGCAAACCUGAUAGGCGCAACGCUGGCCGACGCCGCGAAAAUCAGCGCGAGGGUGGCCGGGUUCGCGGCGAUCGCCGUGGGCGUCUUCAACGUGGUCCUCCUGUCGAGUUUGAGGAACCACAUACCCCAGCUUUUCACGAGUGAUCCGGAUGUUAUCGACUUGGUCGCCAAGAUACUGCCGUUGUGUGCCGCGUUUCAGCUUUUCGACGCGCUGGCCGCUUGCUGCAAUGGCGUUCUGCGCGGCUUGGGGAGGCAGGAAGUGGGAGGGUAUGUGCAGCUGUUCUGCUACUAUGUGGUGGCUAUGCCGAUCAGUAUGGGCACCGCGUUCGGAUUGGGGUGGCAGCUGUAUGGUCUCUGGGCUGGUGUGGCGAUAGCGUUGGGAUUGGUGGGCGUCAUCGAGGGGGUUUUCCUGUCGAGGGUCAAUUGGGAGAGGAGUGUGGAGGAUGCAAGGAGCCGGAACGAGAGAUCGUGA